UAAGCUUAUAUAUUUAUCCCUUCUCUGCCACAAUUCUCGCCUCUGUUCUCCGCUUCCGUUAUUCCUUUUCAAGCCAGUCAUUUCUCCCCUUGCUUGUUUGCUUGCUGCUCCUCUGUGCUCGCUUCGCCCUCGCCCCACGUAAUCCCAUGGGCGAUUGUGACCGAAAUCCGCGCUUCGAUCCGUUCAUCGUAGCGCUUUCACCGCCCUAAAAUCGAGCUCCUUGUUCUUCUUUACCGGUUUUCUAGGCGUGUUUGGGGUUUGGAUUGUUGAAUGGCGAUGGAAGAAGAUGCCGAGAGCUGCGGAAGCUGGGCCGAGGUGGACUCUUCUCACGCCCGUCCACGGAGGCAGCAGCAUCAGCAGCAACGACAUAAGUUGGACGUGUAUAACGAGGUCCUCCGCCGCUUGAGGGAAGCCAGCCGACCGGAUUUGCAGUUUCCGUCCUUUGAGGAUGAGUUGUGGAACCACUUCAAUCGUCUUCCAGCACGUUAUGCCUUGGAUGUAAACGUCGACAGAGCAGAAGAUGUGUUGACUCAUAAAAGGUUGCUGGAACUUGCUGAAGAGCCCGCAAACAGGCCUGUUUUUGCUGUGCGUUUGGUGCAGGUUUCUCCUGAUCCUGAUCAAAAUAAAGAUGUUAAUUCCGAUUCUAAUGUACCAAAAAUAGAAGAUGGCCAAUCAACUUCCUCUUAUUUCAGGCAGAGUGUUCAUCCUCCUCCUGCCUUUGGUUCUUCCCCUAAUCUGGAAGCUCUUGCUCUUGAAGCCACCAGACAAGAUGCUCAAGAUGGCAAUAGUGUUGACAACUCUUCACAUUUGCCCAGGCCAAUGCAUGAAAUCACUUUUUCCACUCAUGACAAACCCAAGCUUUUAAGUUUGCUAACUUCUUUGCUUGCUGAGCUUGGCCUUAAUAUUCAAGAAGCACAUGCGUUCUCAACAAAUGAUGGUUACUCAUUAGAUGUAUUCGUUGUUGAAGGAAACAGAGCAACUGAGGGAUUCGUUGCAGAAAGAGAUUCUCAAGUUGGGGGUAACUUCCUUUCUAGACAUAUUUGGUCAAAGUCUCAUUUGCCGUCCCCUCAAAUUGAAAAUCCACAACCUGGAGAGAACUCUCUGCUAGACCAUGUUCUUAUACCAACAGAUGGAACUGAUGUUUGGGAAAUUGAUUUUCAGCAUCUGAAGUUUGGGAAUAAAGUAGCAUCUGGGUCGCAUGGUGACCUUUAUCAUGGAAUGUACCAUAGCCAGGAUGUGGCAAUUAAAGUACUAAAGCCUGAGCUUGUAAAUGUUGAAAUGCAACGAGAAUUUGCUCAGGAAGUAUUUAUAAUGCGAAAGGUUAGGCACAAGAAUGUGCUGCGGUUUUUUGGGGCUUGUACUAGACCUCCUACCUUAUGUAUUGUUACAGAAUUUAUGUCAAGGGGAAGUGUAUACGAUUAUCUUCAUAAACACAAAGGAUUGUUCAAACUCCCAACUUUACUCCGAGUAGCAAUUGAUGUGUCCAAGGGAAUGAACUACUUGCACCAAAAUAACAUUAUACACCGGGACCUAAAGGCUGCCAAUCUUUUGAUGGAUGAGAAUGAGAUCGUUAAGGUUGCAGAUUUUGGUGUUGCACGUGUUAAAGCUGAGUCUGGAGUUAUGACUGCUGAAACAGGAACUUAUCGUUGGAUGGCACCUGAGGUGAUAGAACACAAGCCCUAUGAUCACAAAGCUGAUGUUUUUAGCUUUGGAAUAGUCUUGUGGGAACUGCUUACAGCUAAGCUUCCCUAUGAAUAUUUAACACCACUACAAGCAGCAGUCGGUGUGGUUCAAAAGGGUCUGAGGCCUACCAUCCCAAAAGAUGCUCAUCCAAAGCUUGCUGAGCUGCUGGAGAAGUGUUGGAAACAAAAUCCCAUUGAUAGGCCUGAUUUUUCAGAAAUCUUGGAGAUGCUAGAGCUUUUUGCUAAAGAGGUUGGGGAAGAAUCCAAUAAUCGCUGCAAACAAAAGACUACCAGUGGGUUUCUUUCAGCUCUCAGGCGUGGCCAUUGAAAUUUCUAGCUUGCAAGUCUACGCAUGCUUGAUCUCGGCACCAGAAAUUUCACAUUGAGCUAGGCCACUCAAUCUGAUCUGGUCCGUGAAUCCUUCUAUAUGAAUGACCUCGUGGGCAAUCUUUGGCAUCGAUAGGGUUUGUACCGUUAGAAAUGUACAGUGUUAAUUUGAGGCCCUUUUUGGUUUGCAUAUUUUGAGGAGCUUUUUUCUCAUCACUUUUAUGUUUUUAUGUUUGUUAUUAGCACCUCUGCAAUAUUUGAAAAUCUAACUGUACCUGUGUUUUGGUUCUGACUGGAACUAUACCCUACCAAUGCUCGAUAUGCAUCAGUACACUGCGACAGGGAAUGUAGCUUACAAGACUAAUGCUUAGCCUAACACGGAUUUUCUAAUCAAAUUUUUGGCUGUUAACUCA